CCAUCCAGAGCCUUUUCAAUGUAUAAAAUGGAAUAUUCUUACCUCAAUUCCUCUGCCUACGAGUCCUGUAUGGCUGGGAUGGACACUUCGAGCCUGGCUUCAGCUUAUGCUGACUUCAGUUCCUGCAGCCAAGCCAGUGGCUUUCAAUAUAACCCUAUAAGGACCACUUUUGGGGCCACCUCUGGCUGCCCAUCCCUCACUCCAGGAUCCUGCAGUCUCGGCUCUCUUAGGGACCACCAGAGCAGUCCAUACGCAGCAGUUCCUUACAAACUCUUCACUGACCACGGGGGUUUAAACGAGAAGAGGAAACAGAGGCGAAUCAGAACCACCUUCACCAGCGCCCAGCUUAAGGAACUGGAGAGGGUGUUUGCAGAGACUCAUUACCCCGAUAUAUACACCCGGGAGGAGCUGGCGCUCAAAAUAGACCUGACCGAAGCGAGGGUGCAGGUCUGGUUCCAGAACCGCCGCGCCAAGUUCCGUAAGCAGGAGCGGGCAGCGGCGGCAGCAGCGGCAGCCGCCAAGAACGGGGCGGCCGGCAAGAAAUCCGACGCCUCCCGCGACGACGAGAGCAAAGAGGCCAAGAGUACCGACCCCGACAGCACCGGUGGCCCCGGCCCCAACCCCAACCCCGCGCCCAGCUGCGGCGGAGGCGGUGGCGGUGGCCCCAGCCCCGCCGGCGGGCAGGGAGCGGCCGGGCCCGGCGGGCCGGGGGGGGAACCGGGCAAAGGAGCGGCAGGGCCCGGCGGGCUGGCGGCAGCGGGACCGGGGCAGGGCUGGGCGCCGGGACCCGGGCCCAUCACCUCCAUCCCCGACUCGUUAGGAGGCCCCUUCGCCAGCGUCCUCUCCUCGCUGCAGCGGCCCGGCGGUACCAAAGGCAGCCUCGUCAAGAGCGGCAUGUUCUGAGCGCCGGCGGCGGCGGCGGCCCCUCCCGCUCCUUAGAAUCCGCCGCCCGCCCAUAGUAACGACCAGGGGCCCGGGCUGCGCCGGGCUCCGCGGGGCAGGGACCCCGAGCCCCUUAAAGGGGUGGGCCGCGCCCGGCUUCCCUCGCCCCCGGCCCGGCGGCGGGGCCGGCCCCGCUGGGAGGGGGGUGAGGGGGGCCCCUCGCAGGGAGCGCUGCGCGGGCGCGGAGGCGGCGGCGGGCCGCGGAGACUGCGCCGGGGGGCGGCCUGACGGCCGUGAGGGGAAAGUGGGAACACCCUGCCCGCCCCUGGGGUUUGGGGUUUGGUUUUUUUGUUAAGCUCCUUUUCACAGUCAGCCCGAGCGACAAAGUGUCUUCUCCAUUCCCUUCCCACCUCCACCACCCCCUCACCGCCCCCCCGGUCCAGCGCCCCGCGGUGGAGUCGGGUCGUUUCUUCCUCCGCCGUCCGAUGUCACUGUCCCUCGGUUGGGUCCUGAGUCUCUCCGUUGCCGCCGCCACCGGCUCACCGCCGGGCUCGGCCCUGGCUGCCGCCUCCCAACCGCGGAUCCAGUCCCUUUGCAGGGCCCGCAGGGCGGCCGGCUUGUAUUUAUUAUUAAUUAUUAUUAUUAUUAUUAUUAUUAAUUAUUAUUAUUAUGAUUACGAUGACAAAGUUCACGCAGUUUUUAGGCAUCUCCGUUUAGGGUUUUCUAAUUUCCUUUGAAAAGGCACAAACUAUAGCUCUUAGUUGAAUGUUGACAGCUAAAUGCUUUUUCUCUUUUUCCGUGUCUUUCUACGACUGUGUUCUGUGACUCAGCUGUAUAGUGUCAAUAUCAGUACAGACUUGUCUAGUUGACCGUAUAAAUAAUGUUUUCCCUUCUCGUAGUCUCUAUGGCGUGUCUUUAUGGAGAAAUUAAAGUUCUCACGGGUUCCGUUCCUUCCCUUUGCGUUUAGAGAGACCAGGUUCAGGCAGCGUUUUUUGCUUUACUUUUUAAUCGGUUGCAUGUCGUCUCAUUUAUGAUCAUAAUUUUUCUUUUUAACCUUUUCAUUUCUUCUUUUUUACCUUUUCAUUUCUUCUUUUUUACCUUUUCGUUUCUUCUUUUUUACCUUUUCGUUUCUUCUUUUUUACCUUUUCAUUUCUUCUUUUUUACCUUUUUAGUUUCUUCUUUUUAACCUUUUCAUUUCUUCUUUUUUACCUUUUCGUUUCUUCUUUUUAACCUUUUCAUUUCUUCUUUUUUACCUUUUCAUUUAUAUUUUUUUUGGGGGGUUGUUUUUCUUCUUUCCCUACCUGUUGGAAUAUGUUCGUGAGCAUAACCGUCAUAAAUUAUGUUCAGGGUUUUCAGAUUUAUUUAUACGUGGUUCAAAUGAAUGCUUCUAUUUAAAAGGGGGAAAAUAUUUCUACAUGUGCAUAUAGUUUUCCAAGAGUGUACCAUUAAUUAAUUGUUGAUAAUAAAAACCAAAAGCAAACAUA